UGGGAGCCGCAGCGCGGAGCGAGCGCCGGGUUCCCCCCGCGAUUCACGGAUCCGGGCCUUCGGCCAGGCCGCGGCGGCCGCCGGUGCCCCGGCCCGGGGCCGUGGCAGAGCGGCGGGGCUCGCCCCGCUGCCGGCGGAGCGGCUGGCGGACCGCCCCAGCUGCGGCUGGGCCCGAGGUCCCCCCGCGGCCGGGCUGUGGGUGCUGAUCGGGACGGGACUUGUCACACCAGCUUGGAUUGGCUUAUUUAUUUACUUAUUUACUUAUUCUUUGCAGCGUGACAAAUUGUUAAGCCUGGUAUAGCCCAAGCUUUUAAAACUGUAAGCCAGGGAAAAAGAACUAGUUUAGUCUGCUUGAAGCCUUUUAUAAGACUUGAAGCCUGUCUUUAUUUUUUAUGCUUCUGCUUUCUUAACACUCGCCUUGCCUUUCCAGGGCAUGGUACAGGCAGGGCAGGCCUCCAGAAACCUGCUGGUCUUAAGCUGCACCAGGGGAGGUUUAGGUUGGACAUUAAGAAGAUUUUUUUUCACGAAAAGGUUAAUUAAGACAUUGGAAUGGGCUGUCCAGGAAGGUGAUGGCGUCAGUAUCCCUGUAGGUGUGUGAGGAAAGACUGGCCAUGGCGCUUAGUGACAUGGUCCUGUUGACAGGGUGGUGUUGAUAGGUUGGAGUUGAUGGUCCCAAAGGAUUUUUCCAACCUAACUGAGUGUGUGGUUCUGCCGUGAGACCAGGGGUGGAGUUCUGUUAAUACCAAGAAUUCAGUACUGGGGCUCCGAUUGCAGGUUGAACUGUUGUGCUGUCUUAAGGCAGGUGUCAGCCCGCUGCAGACUCGCUCCACCGGUUCAGCUUUGUGCAAAAGGUGUUCUCGUGUUAGUCAUGAGGGUUUUUUACCUUGCUGAAUGUAUAUUGGACAACUGUUGACUUGAAAGCUGCUUUUAGGAUGUCUGAAGAUGAGGAGAAAGUUAAACUCCGCCGAAUCGAACCUGCAAUUCAGAAAUUCAUUAAAGUGGCAAUUCCAACAGAUUUGGAAAGGUUAAGAAAACACCAAAUAAAUAUUGAGAAGUAUCAGAGAUGCAGGCUCUGGGACAGAUUGCACGAAGAGCACAUCAAUGCAGGACGAACGGUUCAGCAACUCCGUGCCAAUAUGAGAGAGAUGGAGAAACUCUGUUUGCGAGUCCGGCAGGAAGACAUCCCAGUUCUGCAGAGAAUGAUAAAUCCCAUUAAAGAGGAAGCUUCAAUUGCCAUUAAGGACUUCCUGCAGCUGCAUUCUGAAUCUGCAGAAGAACUUAAAAGGCAGCUCAGAGGACAGGAGGAUGCCUCUUUAACCAGAUCUGCAACUCUAGGACAAGAAACUUUAUAUAACGCGGAAGUGAAGGAUGGCUCCCAAAGUUUGAUCCAGAUCCAUUCCUGCCUUCCGGAAAUACCUCAGGAAGAAAAUGCAGCUGAGUCCUGGGAGAGUUUAGAAGGGGACUUGACUGAGCUCAGCCAGUUGGUGACAGAAUUUUCUGUCUUAGUCUGUUCCCAGCAGGAGAAGAUUGACAGGAUUGAAGACCAUGUCAACAGUGCUGCUGCGAAUGUUGAAGAGGGAACCAAAAACUUGGGGAAGGCUGCAAAAUACAAGCUGGCAGCUCUGCCUGUGGCAGGUGCAGUCAUUGGUGGAGUGGUGGGGGGUCCUAUUGGUCUCCUUGCAGGCUUCAAAGUAGCAGGAAUUGCAGCUGCACUUGGUGGUGGGAUUUUGGGCUUCACAGGUGGAAAAUUGAUACAAAGAAAAAAACAAAAAAUGAUUGAGCAGGUCUCUUCCAGCUGUCCAGAGCUUUCUCACCAAAGUGCCAAAAAAUCCAGCUGAAGUACAGAUUCAUUAUGGCCAGGAACCACAGUGUAGUAGCUGAGCUAAUGACAGACUUGUAGCCUUACUCUUUGUAUACGAGGCUGAGUUGUGUGAAUUUUGAUGACAGUUCUGUUUCUUGGGAGGGCUGAAACAGUCAUGUCAGAAUUUCUCUUUUCAGACACGGUGACAUCAGUCCUUUGAAAAUUAUAUGGAUAACUUUUAAUUACAUAAUUCUUAAGUAAGCUAUAUUCACAGCUGUAAUAAUGGGUGACAGGUGCUUCAUACCAAAUUUGCACAAAGUGUCUUGCAGACAAUGCAAAGAGAUCUUUGGAAAAUCCUAGUGCUUUCCCAUGAAUGUCAUGAGAAGCUGGAGCUUUUAUUGGAGUGCUCCAAAGAAAGGAAAUAAAUGCCAUCAUUCUUUCAUACUUAAUCUAAAUUUACUUUCAUUUAUCUGGAUUCCCAAACUCUUCCUGUGAUUCCCCAGGAUAUGCCUGACUAUGCCUGUUUAAUAGUGCACAGGGAAGCAUGUGGUGUCAUAAGAAAAGGGGAGAAUGUUGGGUGAGCAAAGUGGAAAACAGUUAUGCAUACAUCACAUCUGCCUCCACCAGGCAUAUCAGACCAGCACUGGAAGCAGCUUCUCGCCUUGCCAGGCAAGGCAGUUGUUAAUUUGUAAACUCCCCACCUUCCUAUAAGUGUAGUUAUGAGUUUAACAGUCUGAGAAGCACCCCUGCAGUGCUGCUAUUGGAGGGUAAUAGUUUUCCAUAGCUGUUCAGCUCCUUGGCUUGUCCUCAGAACACCAUAGGGGAUAAAGAGCCAAGCUCUGGCAUUCUGAACCUGCAGCCUCACAUUGCUGAAGCAGCACUUACUGCAGGACGCUGCCUUUGCUUCUCCUGGAGCCCCGUGCGCCCUGGUGGGAGAGCAGAACAGCUUCCCUGGAAGGCAGUGCUGCAGCCAGGCGCACUCCCUCCCCAGGCUGGUGUCCCCCAGGGGUGGUGUGGCCCCAGGUCGGCAGAGAAGCAGCUGGCAGCCCCAGAGGCAGCCCCAGAGGCAGGGACAGGGUCAGAAAUGUCAACCUGAUAACGCUUACAGCCACCCUUGUUUGGGCAGCUGCACUCUUGCAUUGCUCUCCAGUGCCAAAACUUCAGCUUCCACCCACACUGCAGUGUAGCUGCUCAGCCUCUUCAAGAUUUUGGGACAUGCUGUGGAGCCUGUAGGGGUGAGAUGCUGGCAGUGCUUUUGCUUGCUUUUUAUAGUGGACACCUGUUAUCUUACCCUCCUUAUGAAGCCUUUUGCUUCUGGAGCUUCCACUGUUAAAUGCUGAAGUGUAAAUGUGUUGUUUUUGUGAUACAAUUGUACAAUUGUAACAUAAUCUACUGUUCUGAACAUGGUCCUACCUCCACCCUUUCAGGACACUUCCCACACUACUGCUGCUACUGUUUGGGGGAACAGAAAUUGAGGUUGGGAAGCCGCUUAUUAAAGUUUUUAGAUUGGUCAAUUCA